AGUUACCUCUUAAACAACAUGCAGCCUGUCGUCUGAAAAAGGAAAUGCCUAAAACAAGUCAUUUUGUUGCGAUAGUGAACAAUUCCAAUGUACGACGUGUUAUAAAUACUACAUUUAAUAUAUAAUAUGACAGUUUAAUGCACACUUGCGACGCAUGAAGCAAUAUUGCAGGAUAUGUUAAAAGUUUGUCAUCAAUAUCAUUGGUCAGCAAUAUAAUCUUUCUUCACGGUGGUUCGUUUGUUGUUCAAAACCAGCGUAAUGGAUCUGGCACAGAUUCUCCAGAAGAUGAAAAUUAGAGAAAGUUUGACCCCAUCCGAUUCCUGUUCUGUGACCGCCGUUCUGGCCCACAUCUGUGAGCGAUUUAAGGUGAAAAAAGAACGCAUGCUCAUCCUGGAGGAAACAGCGAUGUUAUUCACCCUCGCUCCUCUCGACUGGCUCUUUCCUCAACUCAACACCGAUUUACGCGAGGCGUAUCUGGGCUUAUCGAGCUCGUUCACGGGAUACGCAAUCCUGCCGGUGUGUGACACGGACAGCGGCACUUUACCUGCCAAGAGUUAUGAGGACAUACCUACCAAAGUUCAGUCUGUCAGUACAUCAUUACUUGCGUUAUGUUUGCGGAUGCAAGCUUCGGUGGAGAAACGAAGCAAUCCACAUGUGAAGUCUCUAGCUCAAGCAUUUGCCCCCAGCUUGUGUAUAUUCUCCAUCACUCACUUGCAGGAACAGGCAUGGACCAGUGUUGCUUCCAGAAACUGUGCUUUACAACUCCUGUCAUUAGUUGCGGGAAUGACAGGAAGCAGAUCGGUACAGGAGCUGCUGUCAGGAGGCGAGGACAAGAAAGGAGUUUUUGGUCCAAUAUUGGACGGACUGCAGCCAGAACUGACCAAGGAGCGCUGGAAGCGGAACCAGGCUGUAAAGCAUGUGUUCUCAUGGAUGCUGGUGCAGAUUGGACGGCCAUGGUUGAGUCAGUACUUGGAGAAGGUGUUUCCUCCUGCCUUGCUGAUAUCUGAUGAUUAUUGCACAGAAAACAAAGUAUUGGGCGUGCACUGCUUACAUCACAUUGUUCUCAAUGUGCCAGCAGCUGAUCUGCGACAGUACAAUAGAGCUCAGGUGCUCUAUCACGCUCUCUUCAAUCACUUAUACACUUCAGAGGUUUCACUCAUGCAGGUUGUGUUGCCUUGCCUAAUAGACCUGAUGGGAGUCAUUGAGAACCCCCCAGCUAAUGCAGGGUUACCGCGGAAACCUAAUCGCUUCGAUGAUGUGCUUCGCCUCAUCUUGACAUACAUGGAAAUGGAGCACAAGCUUGACCUUCGUCGUGUGUACGCCAGCAAUCUUGUCUUAUUUAUUGAAAGGAUGGGUGUAGUGAUUAUUCGUCACUUGAAGAGGCUAGAAAGGGUUAUCGUGGGAUACCUGGAGGUCUCUGAUGCUCCAGAGGAGAAAACCAGACUGAGUAUCUUGGAUGCUCUGCAGAAGACACUAGAGAUUGCUUGGCCACGAAUGGAGAGGAGGAUGGGUUCUCUAGCACAGAGUCUGCUGAGGUUUCUGGUUGAUGUUUCAUCAGAGUCAGUCCCCCAAGAGCUGAAGGAACAGCUCAUGAGCAAAGCGUCACAUUGUUUACUUCUGCUUAACCACUGCUCCAAAGGCAAAGUGCAGACUCUUCUUCAGGAGGUGGAUAAUACUUGUGUUCCUGACCCUGUGCUCAUGUGUAUCCAGCAAAUCCCUGCACCUUGAAGACAACCAUCAGAUAAUUUGGCAAAUUCGAGUUAGCAUAGCAAAUCUGUUUCAGUGAUAA